AUGUUCAAUGUUGCGCGUGCCCGUGCAUCUACCAGAUGUCUACCUGGUUAUACGAGGGUUCAAAAAGUGCUGAAUCUUCGAACUGUCAAGAUGGUUAUGGUCAAAGUGCGAGACGAAACACAUCACGAUCUACACCACACCCCUGUGCGAGGACAUCAUACCCACCAUCGUCAUGGACACCAUGUACAUCAUCACCAUGGGCACCAUGUCCAUCAUCACCUCGGACACAACAGCCCUGUCCAUACGCUGAAGUCAUUAUUUGGAAAGUACCGACAUCUUCGGUGUUCAUCGCCCAAAUGCAGUAAUUCGACGCCAAAAACCAAAAGAUUGUCGGACUCCAAGAGAAGUUGUCUCGGCAAUGAAAUCAGAAAACCUUUUCUGAUACAUAAAAAAAUCGAUGAUGCCAAUGAUGAAGUGUUUAUCAAGGAGGAUUUUCAACUUGGUAAACUCCUCGGAGCCGGGGGUUUUGGUUCUGUAUAUAUGGCAAAUGGUAAACGUGGACAUGGCUCCAUGGCGAUUAAAGUGUUAAAGAAACCCAACAUGAGCAAAAAUCCUGAUGCCAUGUUUGAAAGUUUCAAAGCCGAGCUACGAUGUAUGCAGCUUACCCAUCCCAAUAUUGUCCAAUCAUUGGGAGCCACUCAUGUGACGUCAUUUGAUGAGGGAGCAUGGGUCGUUAUGGAGUAUGCUGGAGAUAGAACCCUGCAAACUGUUCUCAACGAACCUCACGUCGAUAUGACGAUCGAUAUUAGACUCAAGUUUUCUUCUCAGAUUGCACAAGGUCUAAAAUAUCUCCAUGAUAACAACAUUGUACAUUUGGAUAUUAAACCCGCCAACAUCCUCAUCACUCCUGACGGUGACUGUAAAAUCGGUGAUCUUGGAUGUUCCCAAAUCUUAGAGGCUGGAACUGGAAAAGUUAGUCCUACCCAAAGAUCGUCCCUCACCGGGACAUUUGCAUAUCGCGCACCAGAACUACUUCGAGGUGAAGCGCCUACCAGGAAAGCCGACAUUUACUCGUUCGCAGUUACUAUGUGGCAAAUGUUAUCACGAGAAAAUCCGUAUGGCAACGAGAACCAGCACGUGGUCAUAUUCGGAGUUGUAGCUUAUGGACAUCGACCUAAACACCCAAAUAUGAAUGAGCAGUGCCCGUUUGAACUUUGCUACCGUGACCUCUAUUCGCAAUGUUGGAAUUCGGUCCCAGAAAACCGGCCGUCUGCUGAUGAGUUGGUGGAAGUGCUAGGUAUCUGGAAGAAAAACUUAUAG